UACGCUGACAGUGUAAAAAUAUAUUCACAUUAUCCGGCAAAAAAAAAGAAAAAGAAAGAAAGAAUUUUAAAAAGUAAAUUAAUUUAAGUAAACUAAAAACGACUGGCUGUAGUUGUGCGGAAGGUGAUCAAUAUUGUUCAUUGUUUGACGUGGAGUGGAAAGGCGUUGAAAACAUACCGUACAUUCGAGGCAAUAACUGCCCGUCUCUACUUGUUGUAUUCGUCGCGUCGUGGUAUCGCGUGGGAAACAGUCGAGAUAUUAAGCGUCUCAAAACCAACGCCUGCCAAAAAUCGUUGGAAACAGACGAGCUAAAUUGACUGGUACACUAAGCCUGGAGUUAAAAAAGACCUUUUUGUGGAACCUAAUCGUCUGUAAAUUGGAACAUUAUUCACUGAGAAAGUAACUCUUCAUCCAGUAACGGACGUAACAUGAAUAUCUACCAAUGUGCUCUUCAUAUUUUCGGGUGGCUAUUUCUGCUUGGGGUGGUCGGAUCAGAAUCACUUGACACUAGGAAGGCGGAUGAAUUAUUACAGUUAUUGGAAACGUACAAAACAGCGUUGACGUCACGUUACGACGACAACUACGGUUCUAUACCUUACGACAGUCCAAGCUACGAUAACGUACCGCUGAUCUGGCUGCUGAAGCGAGGGGCCCCAGUCUAUGAUGAUGAGAGUUACAAGCGCUUUGGCUUUAUGGGGAGCCGGGGAAAGCGGCAGGGUGCGUCUAAUGCUAUGCGAGCCAUGGCGGACCUCCUGCAAGUCUACAACCAGAAGUUGAUGCAUGCUAUUCAACGAGCACAAUAUUUCGAUGACGAAUUCACAGAGUACAAAAAUAAAAGACAACCACAAUUUGGUUUCCAUGGCGUUCGUGGUUGAGAGUCGUCUGACAAAGAUAUUUAAGCUGGCCGUGUGACUGCAAACAACAAGCCUAUUUUAACGUUCGAAUCUACAGGUGUGAUGGACGUGCACUUCAGUGGCAACAUUCGCCGGACAACGAUGUAAAAUUUAUUGGCAUCAAACGCGUCAGUCAUGGUUAUGGCGUGUCAUUGGCAGAUGGGAACUGGUGCCAUGGCAACGACACGUUGACGAGAUCUAAAUUGUUUGAUGGUAUUAAAGCAUUACAUUGA